AUGCCUCCACGAAAAGAUGUCUCUUCUUCCGAUGAGACUUCACCCCCAAUCGCCGAACAAUUAUCCCUUUUGAUUGAGGCCACCACCGCUGCCUCAGCCAAUUCCACUGAAACAGCUAAUAAUUUAGCCGAUCUCAUCCGCGCCACCCAAACUCUCACAACCAAAAUCGAUCAACUCACGGACCACGUAACUGCUGGUGAUGAUUCCCCACCCCGGCACCGCUCCCCUCUCCGUCGCCCACAAAACCAGAAUCGUCGCCAACCCCGCCAACCUAAAAUCACCUUGCCCCUAUUCGAUGGAUCAAAUUCGCUCGAAUGGAUAUUUCAAGCGGAGAAUUUCUUCUCCUACUAUCAAACACCAGAAGACGAACGAGUCGAACUCGCCGUCUUUCAUUUCGUGGGAGACGCUCUCUCAUGGUACAAACACCAAGCUGACAAUGAACUUUUGGGUACCUGGAACGAAUUCAAGAGAGAGAUGGAAAUCCGAUUUGGCCCGUCAUCGUACGAGAAUCAUGAAGCUACACUCUUUAAACUCAAGCAAUCCUCUACAGUGGCGGCGUAUCAAACAGAGUUUGAGAAAAUAAGCAACCGUGUGGUAGGUAUUCCCCGACAGGCCCUUAAAAAUUGUUUUAUUUCCGGUCUUCGUUUAGAUAUUCAGCAUGAAUUAGCCAUUUAUAAGCCCGCUACACUACACCAUGCUUAUGGCCUAGCCCGAUUAAUUGAAGAUAAACUGGCCCAUGCAUACAAAACCCGAUCCACUUUUUUCAACAAACCAGCCACUAAUAUUGCUUCAUCUUCGUCCAACCCUUCAUCGAUGGCAUCAUCUUCCAGUAACCCCCUUCCUCCGCUGCUACCAACACCUUCCAAACCACCAGCACUUCCAUUCACAAAACUGUCCCCGGAGGCCCUCAUGCAACGUCGUAAAGACGGCUUGUGUUUCAAGUGUCCAGAAAAAUACUUUCCGGGUCAUAAAUGCUCGCCACCACAAUUCUUUCUGAUUGUCGAUAAUGAGGAUCAAGCGGAGUUCACCGAGCCACCACACGAAACCACACCACCCGAUUCCCCCAAACCCUCCCUCCUUUGUUUGUCCGAUGCAGCUUACUUCGGUAUAGCCUCUCCCCAAACCUUACGUGUUACCGGCUAUAUAAUGGGUAAACGAGUCACAAUUUUGAUUGAUUGUGGCAGCACCCACAAUAUAAUCCAGCCACGUAUCGCCCUUAUGCUUCGCUUAGAAACCUUACCCAUCCAACCCUUCGAUGUUAUGGUCGGCAAUGGUGAGCAUAUCACCUGCAAGGGGUAUUGUCCGGAGGUUCCCAUUCAGGUCCAAAAAGCACCAUUUCACGUCCCUUUUUUCAUACUACCAGUGGAGGGAGCCGAUGUUAUUUUGGGUAUCGGUUGGCUAGGCAUGCUCGGUCGAUUAUCGGCUGACUUUUCUAUACCCGAAAUCUCGUUUGUCAAAGACGGUAACACCUAUACCCUUAAAGGAGAACCAUUGGCUCACCAAGUAUCUUCUAGCUCAUUGCAAUCACUUAUAAAAAAAGGGUCAGUGGCCUCCCUUCAUACCAUUAACCAUCAAUCACCACAGCUUUAUCCACCGGCCACCAUUACCCAUGUUGACCCACAGAUUACCACCUUACUCACCGAAUUCCAUACCAUCUUUGAUGAACCCAAUUCCCUUCCACCAAACCGCUCACAAGAUCACCAUAUUACCUUAACUGAUGAAACAAAACCCAUUACUGUCCGUCCCUACCGAUACCCACAUUUCCAAAAACGAAUCAUGACCAACCUCAUAUCCGAAAUGCUACAAUCGGGCGUCAUCCGCCCAAGCCAAAGCCCUUUUUCUUCACCAGUGUUGCUAGUAAAAAAAAAGACGGCUCGUGGCGUUUUUGUGUCGACUAUCGCGCCUUAA